CCUCAUACGGCUGCUUCUGGAGAAGGCUCAUUCAUGGGAUUGGACGAUCGGGGGAUAUUUCUGCUGUGCAACCAAAAGCUGCAGGCUCUAGCCUUUUGAACAAGAUUACUAAUUCUUUGGUCCUGGACAUCAUAAAGUUGGCUGGUGUGCACACAGUGGCCAAUUGCUUUGUAGUUCCUAUGGCAACUGGUAUGAGUCUAACUCUGUGUUUCUUAACAUUACGACACAGAAGACCAAAGGCAAAGUAUAUCAUAUGGCCACGAAUAGACCAGAAAUCCUGUUUUAAAUCCAUGAUCACCGCAGGUUUUGAGCCGGUGGUGAUAGAAAACGUGUUGGAAGGUGAUGAGCUGCGCACAGACCUGAAAGCUGUGGAGGCUAAAGUCCAGGAACUUGGGCCUGAUAAUGUUCUGUGUGUUCAUUCUACUACAUCCUGUUUUGCUCCAAGGGUGCCUGAUAGAUUAGAAGAGCUGGCUGUGAUUUGUGCUAAUUAUGACAUUCCACAUAUAGUCAACAAUGCCUAUGGAGUGCAGUCUUCAAAGUGCAUGCAUCUUAUUCAGCAGGGUGCUCGGGUUGGUAGAAUAGAUGCUUUCGUUCAGAGCUUGGACAAAAAUUUUAUGGUCCCAGUAGGUGGCGCUAUAAUUGCUGGCUUUAAUGAUACCUUCAUACAGGAAAUCAGCAAGAUGUAUCCAGGAAGAGCUUCAGCUUCACCUUCUUUAGAUGUCCUUAUUACUUUGUUAUCACUUGGAUCAAAUGGCUAUAAGAGGCUGUUAAAAGAAAGAAAGGAAAUGUUUUCAUAUUUGUCCAGUCAACUAAAGAAGUUGUCAGAAGCCUACAGUGAAAGAUUAUUGCAGACACCUCACAAUCCCAUUUCAUUAGCUGUGACACUUAAGACACUAGAUGAACACCAGGAUAGAGCUGUCACUCAGCUUGGCUCAAUGCUUUUUACCAGACAGGUUUCUGGAGCCAGGUAAGAGGAAUUUUUAAAAAGAUAUUUAGGAUAUUUAAUAGCUUUUCCAAGUUAAGUCUAAUAAAAUACUUUUCUUACAGUAGCCCCCCCCCCCCCCGCCGCCCCCGGCCAAAUAUAUGCUAAACUAUGCCUGAGAAUUCAUUGUGUACUCAAAGCAUGAUGAGAUAGAGAAUCUGUAAGAAUAGUAGUUGCACCUGAAGACUUUCUAGGCUUGAAAUAGUCCCAGAAAGAUAUGAAUCUUGUUUAAUAGUGUAUAGAAACAGUUUCAUUCUUCUCUCUGCAGUUUUUUGCCUAUUUUCUUUGUUAGAUGAUUUUUCAUUGAUAUCACAUAUGAUAUUAGAAAUAAGUCAUUACUAAGUUCAAGUGAAAUUUUGCUAAAGAAAUGGCUAUUUCCUAAACUAAAAGGGUUAUGGAAUUCUUGCCUAAGUACUGCCUUGGAAACAUGUACUUUUUUCUCUAAUAUAUACUUAGCAUGAAAAUGAAUCUCAUUUAGCAUGAUAAAUUUGUUAAAGUCAGAGAAAAAUGUCUUGAAAAUAAGUAUCUUGCUCUAAAUGCUUUUCUUCACAUAUUUCUGUUAAAGAAUUUCACUCUGACUACCAGAGGGUAGAAAUUUCACAUCAAAGGACAGCUUUUUUGAAAGAAGAAAAUCUUAGAUUAAUUUAGCUUAUACUUUGAUAAACUCUUAUCUGUAUGCAAUACAGUUUUGACAAAUGCUUUUUCCAAAAUGUGUUUUUUUGACCUGACUUUCAGUAUUGCUGGUAUUUGUCUUUAUAUUUAGGUUGAUCUUAAUUAAUUGACUUCUUAAAAAAAAAAAAA